AUGAAUUUCUCCAUAUUAUUUGCAUUCUUGCUAUCAUUUCUUACCACUAAUGCCUAUUACAUCGAUUUUCCGCCAUACCACCGUGGCUACAAUCAAAUAAGACGAAGCGGAGUAUCAGACUAUGCAAAGAGAUCAAUAUUCGAUGACUUUGAUGACGUUUCUUUGAUGCGUUCAAUAGAUAGAAUCCAGAGGCCGAGGUUUGGACGAAAGUGA